AUGAUGAGAGCAACCAGCCCAGCUCCUCCUCUGGAAGUCUUGCCCGAAGGCUCUUUGAAGAUUACAGGUUAUCACUCUGCAACAUCGAUAAUAGGAUUAGCUUUCAAGGAAGGUAUUCCCUAUAUGGAGCUUAAUGAAUUGGAGCUUCAAAGUCGAGCUUCAACUGAAACCCAACGUCGAUUCUAUCGGGAAGCUAGGAUCAAGGCUGCAGCAUUCAUGGGCUGCAAAAGUGGAGAGAUUGAGAUAGGAACGAUGAAUCCAACUCAGAUCAACAUGGAAAUGGAGAUCAGGAAGUUCUUUCCCGAAGACUUGAAUCAACAGCUUCAAUUUAGAGAACUCCUUCAUCACCAACAGGAUCAGAACCGUUCUUCAUCAUCACUGAGUUCAAUGUCCGUGAGUAGCCCGGAGUACUCAUCUCUUGUAUUCAGUAUCCCGAGUACUUGUAGCAUGCCUAAAACCCUGAAGGAAGCACCCGUUAAGAAAGCAAUCCUUCCAACGCCGACCGAAACUAUGCCAGUACUCCAGCAGCAAACCACGCAACCUUUCCAACGUCUUAGUAGCAUUCGUUUUCCAAGUUGGGAGAGCGACGAUGCGGCAAUGACAAGAGCCAUGCUCGCGGUUAUUUCUUCUCCUUCGACGUCCUCAUCAUCUCAUCAUCACCAGUUGCAGUCCCACGGUUACAAACUGAGCCAACAUAAGAGCGCUUUCAAGGAUUACAUCUCCUCUCUUGCACCCAUCGUUAACGUUUCAAUAACAGCCAAUAUACGCAGAAAUAAUAUGCAGAAGCGCGCAAUUGCCUUCUUUAAAAGCUUGUAUUUAAAGAGGAACGAAGAAGAAAUGCAAGCAACCCGCCAAACAAGCAAUCUGAAUCAUAUCAUAUCAGAGCGUAAGCGUCGAGCGAAGCUUAACGAAAGGUUUCGUGCAUUGAGUUCACUACUUCCUCCAGGGUCCAAGAAAAACAAAUUGUCGGUGCUUUCCAGCACUAGGGAAUACUUGAUCGCUUUGAAGGCUCAAGUUCUUCAGCUCCAGCAACAGAACAGAUUACCGGAGGGGCGACUUGUGUCUGCAGCAAGAGAAGCUAGUGAAGAAGAUAACGCUUCUCCAAAUGAAAGAAUAGAUAUACGAGUUGUCCAUGCCGCAGAAUCAACAUCGGAAGAGCGCCAAGUUGAAGUGCGAGUGACUGUUAUUCAAGACUGUGAUUUGUUGGAGCUGGGUAUCCGCCUACUCGAAUUUAUUAAACAAACUAGGGUCGCUAGCUUAGUUUCAAUGGAAGCCAACACCCAGAUGCAGCAAAUGGGCUCAUUUAAACGACUAACCUUGAAAUUAAAUAUUAAGGGGAGUGAAUGGGACGAGGCUACCUUCCGGGAAAGCAUAGCCAGGAUUGUUGCUAACCUGCCAACAUGA